UUCCUAGCCGGAAACUAAAACCGUUGCACAGGAAGCGAGCGAGUGAAAUUUGAGUCAACAACAAGCAGGAAUUUCAGACCAAUUUCAAGAAUCAAAUUAGGCAUUUCCGAUAUACUCAAUUGCGAAGAGAAUAAUAAGGACAUUUCAGGACAUUUUGUGAUGAUAUAUACGAAGAGAAUAAUAAGGACAUUUUGUGACGGGCUCAACUGUGACGUCACCAAGGCGACAGCGCUGUGUCCCGCGCGAGACUGGAUCAUUUAAAAGAAGUCGAAGUUCCUGAGUUUUUCCUCCUUAAAUAGUGACUUACUUACGAAACCUGUGUUGCUCAGUACCGUGGACGCCACACCUGAGGGAAGGGAGCUCUUCCGACAUGGCGGGUGGCCUUUUCUUUUGAGGACUGUCGCGGGGACAAGAUGUCAUCGAGCAAUGACCCGCAACCCGAAUGGCCGGACAACGUCCAGAAAAAUGGCGAGCUCUUCUAUUUGGAGCUGAGCCAAGAAGAAGAGGAGGCUGCGGCCGACCGAAGUUCGCGGGCUCGGAUCUCGGAAGGAAAACGUGACUCCGGGGAUCGAGGAGACACGAGGGAGGGCGGGAUGCCAUCAGGGUCCGUCUCAAAGACGCAGCUCAGGACCGCGUGGGUCUACCUCAACCCGAAAGGCGUCGGUGACUCGGGUGCUCUCCCUCUGCUGGAGGCUUUGCUCGGGGUGGUGCGUCGUCCAGGUAAGCGGAAUGGCGCCGCGAUGGGACGGGAGGAAAGACUGACGGUGGACGGCCUGAUUCCCGGCGGCCCGGCCAGCAAGUGCGGUCACGUCCUAAUUGGCGAUGUCCUCGUUGCCGUGGGCAACGUGGAGGUGAACGCUGAAAACAUCGAGCAAGUUCUGGCGGGCAUUGCGGAACCAUCUCAGGUGAGGCUGACCUUGGCGACACCCUGGAGUUCGAGCCGCGCUGCCGCACCUUCCAUCAGCCCGCCGACGCGUCCGCUCCUCGGGGAUGACGGGUCCGAAACGCAGAUGUUUGCCGCGCGCAUCCCGCACGCGCUCAUGUACCUCUCGCUCAAAAUGGACACCAAGUCCCCGCAGGACGAGGAGGAGAUCUUGUACCAGUACCCGGCGUCGGAGGCGGCCGCCCGGCUCAAGGGCGCCAGAGGGAUCUUCUUGACGCUGUGCGACAUGCUCGACAGCGUCACGGGAGCUCACGUGGUCAGUUCCACGCUGCUGCUGGACAAGCAUCUGGUGCACGUGGGCUACUGGAAAGAAGGCCACGCCCUGCUGGUGCUUGGACUUCCUGCUGAGAGGGUUCCUUUGCUCAGCCUGCAAUCCCUGGUGGGCGAUGUCGUGCGGACGUUACAAUUCACGCAUGGAUCCUUGGAAAGGGCCUUCGGCAAGACGGAGGGCACGGUGCAGCUGGACCACUUCUUCCGUUUGUUCUUCCUGCGGCUCCUACGACCGUCAGAUUCUCCCCCGGCGCCGCCCGCCGACGACGCCGAGAACAUCUUCCUGGACGGGCUGCCGGCCGUGCGCUGGCUCACGCUGCCCGUACAAGUCAAAACAAACGUGGACUCUGUGCUCAGUGACUUUGAGGCCUCUGAUUUUGGAGAAAUGUCGGAGGACUCCUUCGGCCUGAGGCGUCUCUACGGGAUCCUGGGCUCUUGUCUCUUCUACAAGUCGUACCUGAUCGCCAGCCAUCUCCCUAAAGAGGAUCUGCUGGACGUGUGUUUGUACAUUCGCCACUACCGCCUGCUGUCCGCCGAGCGGCGGCGGCGGCGGCGGACGGGCCAACUGCUCAUCUGGCGCGAGGUCUUUCUUCAGGGUCCCCUUCCUCGACGACACUUCCUUCUCAUUGUGGGCUUGGGCUGCUGGCUGCAGUGUGUGCUGCUGGAGGCCAGAAGCUGCGCGAGGCAUUCCGAUGCAUCUCCGGGCCCCGAUUGCAUUUACGUAGAUCAGGCCAAGGCCACGCUGCUACGAUUGGAGAUUCUGGAGGAAGCUGUCGAAGAUCGCCUGAACGCCCCCGCUGCUCCGCGCCUGUUCUGUGCAGACUGGUUCCUCCAAGCUGGCCCGUCCCAGGCCCAUCUAGACGGCCCGUUUGGGGAGAAGACCCAAGAUUGGCGGGGUGAGGGACACACGGACACCGGGGCAAGUUCUCCAGCGAUUCCACGACUCGACACAAACGAAGCACCCUGCCAUGAGGAUCAUUGCUUGUUGCAUUUUUUUUUUUUCUUCCUCCAUCAGGCCCAGUGGACAAAGCGGUCCAACCCGUUCUACCUGAGCGCACUCAUGAAGACUCUGAGUAGGAGGGAUGCGGACGAGAUGCCCGGCGCCAGCAGGCUGAGCGUCGGUGCCGAGAACAUCUUGUUCCACUACCUGCUCAUGGAAACGGUCCAGGGGAUCUUCAUCGGGCCCACGCUAACGGACGAGGCUCAGCUCGGCGGAUCCGUUCACCCGUUGCUCGUUCGCAACUUUCACCGCUGCUGCCUGUCCAUUCGGGCCGUGUUCAAAGAAAACAUGUCGCUGCAAGGGCAGCGGGCGGCUGGGCGGCCUGGUGGCGUGGGCCCGGUCAAAGAGCACGGAGUCUUGUUCCAGUUUCUACCUGAAAACCGGACAGAACAGAGGAAAGCCGCACCCACCCUGACGUACUGGGUCAUCGGGCGAUUGUUGCUGGAGCCCGUUCCUCAAGAGUUCUAUGUGUGCUUUCACGACUCUGUACCGGAGGUUCCUGUGGAGAUGGCCUUCAGACUCUCUUUUGGUUUGGCCACUUGAUGCAGUGACUUAGUUUGAGAUUGGUUUUGACGGUUGUUGUUUUUGUUUUGUUUAUUAAAUACUUUUAGUAUUUUUUUUACUUUACAAAAAUACUUUUAGAUUUUUUUUCUUCACAUGUGGACUAUCUGACUAUUGCGAGAAUAACGAUUAAAAAAAGCAUUGCGUAAUUAUCAAA